GUAAUUGGUGCAUUCUUACACAUGUUUAUUUUUAAAUUUCAAUGCAUUCAAUUGUGAAAGGAUUUAUGACUUUGAAAAUGAAAGAGAGAGGCUCAUUAUGGAGAAGGAAGCAGUCAUUCAAGAGCAUGCUUCCCUGGAAAAUCAAUUGGUUUCUUUACAGACACAGAUAAACAGCCUCAUUGCAGAAGUAGAUAACCUUACAAGCAAGGUUAGUUCCAUAAAGAAGGAAUAUGAUCAAGCCCAAUCUGAGCUCAAUUUGAGUCGUUCAAAGAUGAAAGAAUGUGACGCUGAGAUCAGUGCCAUUGUCAAGGAGCAACAGAAGCUUCAACAUAAAAUUAGUGAUGCAAAUGUUGAGAGGAAAAAAUUGGAAAAUGAGAUUAAGCGAAUGGAGAUGGAACAGAAAGAUUGCUCCUUGAAGGUAGAUAAACUACUAGAAAGGCAUAGUUGGAUUGAAGCUAAGAAACAAUUAUUUGGAAAAAGUGGGACAGAUUAUGACUUCUCAUCUCGUGAUCCUCGUAAAUCAAGGGAGGAGCUUGAGAAACUUCAAGCUGAACAAUCUGGUCUUGAGAAGAGGGUUAACAAAAAAGUUAUGGAAAUGUUCGAGAAAGCUGAAGAUGAAUACAAUGACUUAUUAUCCAAGAAAAACAUCAUUGAGAAUGAUAAGUCAAAAAUCAAGAAGGUGAUUGAAGAGCUUGAUGAAAAGAAAAAGGAAACACUAAAAGUUACUUCGGUUAAAGUGAACAAGAACCAGUAUCCAAGCAACAUCGAGGAAUUGGCUUUGUCACAUAUGAAAACUUAGGUACCAUACUUUUGAAUUUGGAAGGGUGUUUUAGGACCUGAUUUCUAAGGCUAUAUGAUUUAGAAGGGUGUUAUAGGGAGCAUAGAUCCAUUGC